AUGUCAGACUGUGCAUCAUGUCAGACUGUGCAUCACGUCAGUCUGUGCAUCAUGUCAAACUGUGCAUCAUGUCAGACUGUGCAUCAUGUCAGACUGUGCAUCACGUCAGUCUGUGCAUCACGUCAGACUGUGCAUUAUGUCAGUCUGUGCAUCAUGUCAGACUGUGCAUCACGUCAGACUGUGCAUCAUCUCAGACUGUGCAUCAUGUCAAACUGUGCAUCAUGUCAGACUGUGCAUCAUGUCAGACUGUGCAUCAUGUCAGACUAUGCAUCAUGUCAGACUGUGCAUUAUGUCAGAAUGUGCAUCAUGUCAGACUGUGCAUCAUGUCAGUCUGUGCAUCAUGUCAGACUGUGCAUCACGUCAGACUGUGCAUUAUGUCAGUCUGUGCAUCAUGUCAAACUGUGCAUCAUGUCAGACUGUGCAUCAUGUCAGUCUGUGCAUCAUGUCAGUCUGUGCAUCACGUCAGACUGUGCAUUAUGUCAGUCUGUGCAUCAUGUCAGACUGUGCAUCACGUCAGACUGUGCAUCAUCUCAGACUGUGCAUCAUGUCAAACUGUGCAUCAUGUCAGACUGUGCAUCAUGUCAGACUGUGCAUCAUGUCAGACUAUGCAUCAUGUCAGACUGUGCAUUAUGUCAGUCUGUGCAUCAUGUCAGACUGUGCAUCACGUCAGACUGUGCAUCAUCUCAGACUGUGCAUCAUGUCAAACUGUGCAUCAUGUCAGACUGUGCAUCAUGUCAGACUGUGUAUCAUGUCAGACCCAACACGCCUACGUAA